AGCCGGAAGUUUUGCCUCUCGGCCGGAGCACUUCCUGUUUGCCUGUCAGAGGUCCCCGAUCCGUUUGCCGACAUGAGUAGCGAGUUCUUGGAGGAGCUGCACUGGGACGAUGGGUUUGCCAUCCCGGUGGCAAAUGAGGAGAACAAGAUGCUGGAAGAUCAGUUGUCAAAGCUGCAGGAGGAAAGAGCAAGUUUGCAAGAUCAGCUUCGUGACUAUGAAGAUCGAAUUAAUGCUAUGACUUCUCACUUUAAAAAUGUUAAGCAAGAAUUUUCAUUUACACAGUCUCUUUGUAAAGCCAGGGAACAUGAGAUUGAAAGUGAAGAGCAUUUUAAGAUCAUUGCUGAGAGAGAACUGGGACGAAUAAAGGAUGAAAUCCAACGACUGGAAAAUGAAAUGACUUCAAUACGGGAAAAGAAAAGUGAUAAGGAAAAUAACAUAUUUAAAACUACUCAAAAAUUGGAUGGUUUGAAAUGUCAAAUAAACUGGGACCAGCAAGCACUAGAAGCCUGGCUAGAAGAAUCAGCUCAUAAAGAUAGUGAUGCCCUCACUCUUCAGAAGUAUGCACAGCAAGAUGAUAAUAAAAUUAGGGCACUGACCCUGCAAUUAGAAAGACUGACUUUGGAAUGUAAUCAGAGAAGAAAGGUACUUGACAAUGAACUUACAGAGACUCUAAGUGCACAGUUAGAAUUGGAUAAGGCAGCACAGGAUUUUCGUAAGAUUCAUAAUGAAAGACAAGAACUCAUUAAACAGUGGGAGAACACCAUAGAGCAGAUGCGGAAGAGAGAUCGAGACAUCGAUAACGGUGCCUUGGCAUUAGCAAGGAUAAAGCAGGAAUUCAGAGAAAAAGAAAAUUUGGUUAAAGAAAAGAUCAAGUUUUUGGAGAGUGAGAUUGGGAAUAACACAGAAUAUGAGAAAAGAAUUUCUGUUGCUGAUCGUAAACUUUUAAAAUGUAGAACGGAAUAUCAGCGUCAUGAAACAAAUAGGAAUCAGCUGAAGGAUGAGCUGGAUUCUUUAAAAGCCACUGUGAAUAGAAGUUCCAGUGAUUUAGAAGCUCUAAGGAAAAAUAUUUCCAAAAUAAAGAAGGACAUUCAGGAAGAAACAGCAAGGUUACAGAAAAUUAAAAAUCAUAAUCAGAGUGUAAAAAAGAAAUUAAAGCAGAUAACUGAGAAAACGAUGUCUGUAGAAGAGAAAGCUACUAAUUUGGAAGAUAUGCUGAGAGAGGAGGAAAAAAGUGUAAAGGAAGUGGAAGUUCAAUUAAACAUAGUGAAAGAUGUGCUAUUUAAGAAAGUUCAAGAAUUACAGACUGAGACAAUGAAAGAAAAAGCUGUUGUAUCAGAAAUUGAAGGAACCCGUUCCUCUCUAAAGCACCUCAACCAUCAGUUACAUAAACUGGAUUUUGAAACCUUGAAGCAGCAAGAAAUUAUGUACAGUCAGGAUUUUUACAUUCAGCAAGUGGAACGCCGAAUGUCACGGUUAAAAGGAGAAAUUAAUUCAGAAGAAAAACAAGCCCUUGAAACAAAAAUUGUUGAACUUAAAAAGAUAUUGGAGGAGAAAAAAUCUACGUUUGACCUUUUGGAAUCACAGAUCAAGAAGCUUCAUAAUGAUCUUUAUUUUAUUAAGAAGUCAAAUAGUAAAAAUUGUGACGAAAAACAGUUUCUCAUGACCAAAGUAAAUGAACUAAACCUUUUCAAUGACAGAUCAGAGAAAGAACUUAAUAAAACCAAAGCUUUGAAACAGGAUUUGAUGAUAGAAGACAAUCUUUUAAAACUUGAAGUUAAACGUACUCGAGAAAUGCUUCACAGUAAGGCAGAAGAAGUACUUUCUCUGGAAAAAAGAAAACAGCAAUUACACACAGCUAUGGAAGAACGAAUGGAAGAAAUUAAGGUUCAUAAAACAAUGCUUGCAUCACAAAUAAGAUAUGUUGAUCAAGAACGACAGAACUUAAGUGCUGAGUUUCAUGAGAGGCUAAGUAAAAUUGAUAAGCUGAAGAAUAGAUAUGAAAUUAUUACUGUUGUUAUGCUGCCUCCUGAAGGAGAAGAGGAGAAAACACAGGCCUAUUAUGUGAUAAAGGCUGCUCAAGAAAAAGAAGAACUUCAAAGGGAAGGUGACAGUUUGGAUGCUAAGAUCAACAAAGCUGAAAAAGAAAUCUAUGCUCUAGAAAAUACAUUGCAAGUGUUGAGAAGCUGCAACAACAAUUACAAACAAUCUUUUCAAAAAAUCACUCCAUCUAGUGAUGAGUAUGAACUAAAAAUCCAACUAGAAGAACAAAAAAGAGCUAUUGAUGAAAAAUACAGAUACAAACAAAGACAAAUCAGGGAACUACAGGAAGAUAUCCAGAGCAUGGAAAAUACUUUAGAAGUUAUAGAACAUUUAACAAAUAACGUCAAAGAAAAAUUAUCAGAGAAGCAGGCUUAUUCAUCUCAACUAAAUAGAGAAACUGAAGAGCAAAGGCCAAAGUUAGAGAGAGUAACUAAACAGUGUGCAAAACUCACCAAGGAGAUCCGACUUUUGAAAGACACAAAAGAUGAAACACUAGAAGAACAAGACAUCAAACUUCGUGAAGUGAAACAUUUCCACAAGAUCAUUGAUGAGAUGCUAGCUGAGGUCACAGAAGAAAAUGCUGAGAUCCGUAUUAUCCUUCAAACAUACUUUCAACAGAAUGGCUUAGAACUACCUACAGCUGGUACUAAAGGCAGUCGCCAGAGUUCUAGGUCUCCUUCACAGACUUCACUGUUAUCAGCAAGGUCAUCCAGAAGUACCACAAGUGUUGCCUCUCAGACUUCAAUUAAAGUAUUAGAGCUGAACUUUCCAGCCUCCUCUUCAGUGACUGGUAGCAUUUCCAGGCCAGCAAGUGCUACCACUAUCCCCAGUAAUGGUAAAAACAAAAAGGGCAGCAAAUAAACAUUUUAAUCCCUUUUGUAGAAGUUGUAAAUACAAUAACAAAAAUCUUACUUUUAAAAUAGUGAAUUCCACCCUAUGCUUGUGGGUGCUGUGUAGUGACAUUAAAGAGAGGCCCCCUGAAAUUGUGUCAGAAAUAUGCAAUAACUAGACAAAAGUUUUAACCUAGUGGAAAAUGUGAAAAUGGAGUUUAAAAAAGUCAAGCAAUUUAGGUCCAAAUAAGCCAAAGAAAUGUUUAAUUUUCUUAAGCUUUUGCCAUACUGUUUUCUUCAGAGAAGAAAAGCAGUAAUAGAUUCUUCAGAUUCUAUGUUCUACAAGCAUAGAGAAAAUGAGGUUUUUCACUGUUAUUUUGAUGUUUGUUAGAUUAGAAAAUAGUUUGCUACAGCAUCUCACGCUAGCCAUGAAACCACACUCAAUUCUAAGGUAACAUAAUCUUUCAGGAAAUUUUGUCCUGUGAAUAGUUUACAACACAAAUUCUCAUUUACCCUAGAAAAUCCUAAAAUUAGGUUUGCUUUAGUCAAAGAAACAUGUGUCUUGGACUUCUGGGGGAGAAGUCUAUUAUUCUUUUGGUAUGAUUCUAAAACUAACCCAAAAAAUAUUUAACCAAAAAAUAGCAUUUAUUCUUCCCCACCCAAGAAAAUAGGAAAGUGCACUGCAAUCAAUCAAUAAAAUUGCAGCUUAAAUUUCUAGGAAUUACUCAAUUUUGAUCUUGAAAGAAGUCAAACACACUAAAUAUUUUGUUUUCAAGAUACAACCAAGCACAAAGAAUGUAUUUUUAAGACUUCCCCCGCCCAAGAUUUUCUGAUUUAGUAAACAGCUAGGUGUGAUUUGAUUUGCAAUAGGAAUUCCAUAAAUUUAUAGUGGAGGAAGACCACCAGAUUUAAAAUGUUACUAUCUUAAAUACGUUAUUAUAGAACAUAUGCCUAACAUUUUCAACUCUUGGAAUACAGUGUGGAAUAUGAUUAUGUUAUAAAACUUUUAAAUAAACGUAUCACAAUCUAUGUAUUUAACUGUAUAUCUCCUUCAAACCUUGAAAGUAAUUGUAUCAACAGUUAUUGUGUAGAAGUGUCAUUUACAGUUCCUUCUGAAAUGUAGUAGUGGAGUAAACUUGUUUUUCCUGAUCAUAAAUAUUUAUUGUUUUUUAAAAUAGCCAGCAAAUGUUAUAGCCAAGUUCAGUAAGAUACUUUUUUUGUAAAGCAUAGCUUUAAAUGCAUGAUAGAAGAUCUAAAAAAAUGAUUAAUUUUAUGGUCACUUUGUAUGUUCACUAAGGUUCUUAUUCUCUGCCCUUUAUUUGUAAAUUACUUGGAACUUGCAAUUCAGUAUUACACACUGUGUUCUAUGGAGGCAGGGAUUGUCUGACUAGCUCUAUGACCUUGGGCAAGUUGCUUCUCUAUGCUUUUCUCCUAAUUUUAUACUGAGACAGUACCUAUUUCCAAUAACCAAAUAUAUACAAGGUAUACAGAGCCUGACAUAGGAACUGCACAAUAACGUCUACCUAUUACUGAGUCACUACUCAAAGGCUAGCACAGUAUUUGUGGAAUGGUUAGGUUCUAGGCCAGCAUACAAGUCUGUAUUUAACUCUAUUAAAUAAAUAAACUGUUCCAAUCUCAGAUGUAUAAUAAUGCUAAAUGGAGACACAGGGCUCAACCCCAUUAUCUCCAAAUGUGGAGAGUUAUCUUAAAACAUCCACAUAUUAUCUUAGAAAGUUACUUACAAAAGUCAAGACACAGUCUGGGUGUGUAAAAACUAUAGACAUAAUAAGGAAAAAAGCCUGCUAAAAAUAAUUACUAACAAUUCUUGGUAAGUAAAUCCCCAAUAUUUUUUGGCUGUGAUGGGUUUCCUGAAUACCUCCUUAGAAACUGGUUUGUUUGUAUACUCUGCUUAAUAUGUCCCAGGCAAGAAACUUAGGGAAGACGGAAUUCCUAAAUUCAGGCCGAGCUGCAUAAGGUACUAUCCUAACUUUUUGGUACCUGAAUGUAACAUUAAGCCACAAAGAGAAAACAACAACAACAACAACAACACAAAGACACCUUGGAAAAUGAUAGUGCUGGUUGAUAAUGAUGCUCAGAGAUUUUUUUUUUUUGUGCUCAGAGAUUUUAGUACGUAAAUUGGUAUAUGUAAAAUACUGAAGAUAUACCAGCAAUUCCUAAAGGUCAAAGACUACGUCAAGGGUACUUUUCACUGUUUACAAAAACCAUGCUCUAGGACUAUGUACGGAUGAUACAGGAACUACUAAUACACAGAAAGAACCAAGGACUCUUUUAAGAGGAGUUUCUUGGUACAAAGAUGAACGACUAAGUGACCUUUCUACUGCUAUUACCCAUGGUUUUUGACCAGUUUCUUUCUGUUCCAUUGCAAAACUAUCUUUAGUUUUUUCACUAGGCUCCCAACACUGAAGCCUGAAGGCCUUAGGCACAAACAGGACAUACCCAGAUAGAGGAUUUAGAGAGGCAGCAUUAAAAGCCUGUUGUCAUUUACAGUAAAUGGAAAUGGAAAGAUUCUAAACUAAAGACCAUUAUAAAUCAACAACUUCUGUUUUUAAAUUUGGGAGGGUUUUUAUGAUCUAAGUCACUGCUUCAGCUCUAGUUGCUGGAAUUUGAGUAAAACCAGGCUUUGUUGGCCUUGUCAUUUAUUCAGGCCCUAAGAAAGGAGGCAUCAAGGGAAACAUCAGGAGAGAAUAUUAAGAAAAGAAAUGCAGGCCAGCUCUAGGUAGUUAAAAACAUGCAAGCACCUCCCAACUGGACAUAUGUAAUACUAGAACAGUUACCCAAUUUUUUUCCCUUUAGGGGAAAACCAGAUUUACAGUGAUCCUCCUGCCACUGCUGUUUUUGCUAAGAGGAUUCUUUUUUAUUCUGAUCUUUUCUUGCCUGGAAUAUAUAGUCUCUAAGGGUCUUGCCAAUAUUUAAAGUAAAGAAAUUUCUUAGGGCUAUACUGCUAACAAUAGGUCUAAAAAAAGGUGGGGGGGGGAGAGAGAGAGAGAGAGAGAGAGAGAAAUAAGCAAAAUGGGCCCCUAUUCAACUUUCAUGGCUUUAUUCCUAAGGUACUUGUUAAGCUGGAGCACAAACCAUUUUUAAUUAAAUCAGGUUUUAGAGGUCAAUUAGGAAAGACCAGUAACUCUGUAUAAAUCUUAUAAGUAACAAAAAAAUU